UCAUCUCGUUCCGUUGUGUGCCCCUUCACUCCUAGCCAUGGCGGCUACUUCCCUCUCUUUACUACCUUAUUCAGUCGGAGGCGUUGAUCCUCCCAAACAGAAAUUCUCAUCCAUCCAUUUCUCCAAUGCACCUUUUACUCUGUCUCCGUCAUGCUCUCAGCAGAGUCGCCGCCCAAAAAGCUUGCGAGUCUCUGCUUCUAUUUCAGUCCCUAACCCGCAAGUGCGAACCGGCCCCGAUGAUCUCGUGUCGUCCAUUCUUUCAAAGGUGAUGCAAACAGACGGAGGGGUUUUUCUGAAAGACGAAGAACAUAAAGAGGUCGCUGAAGUGGCUCAAGAAUUGCAAAAUUAUUGUGUGAAUGAGCCAGUGAAAUGCCCUUUAAUAUUUGGAGAGUGGGAUGUGGUGUACUGUUCAAGGCCAACAUCACCUGGAGGUGGCUACAGAAGUGCACUGGGUCGCCUUUUCUUUAAGACAAAGGAGAUGAUUCAGGUUGUUGAAGCUCCUGAUAUUGUAAGAAACAAGAUAUGCUUUUCUCUUUUAGGCUUCCUGGACGGAGAGGUGUCUUUGAAGGGAAAACUAAAGGCUCUAGAUGGCGAAUGGAUUCAAGUUGUAUUUGAAGCACCUGAACUAAAGGUGGGAUCACUGGAGCUCCAGUAUGGCGGUCAAAGUGAGGUUAAACUCCGAAUCACUUACAUAGAUGACAAGAUCAGAUUAGGGAAGGGUUCCAGAGGUUCUCUGUUUGUUUUUAAAAGAAUAUGAAGUUGGAAUUCAAUUAAAAUACUUCCAUGAGAUAUCUGAUUAGCUUGUUGGAUUUCAUGUAUGUCAAGAGAAUACUUGUCUGUUAGUCGAGCUUUGUUUUGAAUAAAACGGAAGAGUAAAUACUA